GACAAAGUCAUCGUCCUGCCCAAGAUACCGCUCACGUCCAGCGCUGAGGACGACCUGCCCGUCAUAUGGCGGCGCAUUCAAUUCCCGGUGAGGUUGUCGUUCGCCAUGACCAUCAACAAGUCGCAGGGCCAGACGUUCGACAGAGUAGGUUUGCUACUGACGUCGCCCCCUUUCACUCACGGGCAGCUGUACGUAGCGUUUUCGAGGGUGAGAAACGCACAGUCCGUGAGAGUCGGCAUGUACGCCGACGACAGCGGGCGAUUCGUCACCAAGAACAUUGUGUACAG